AUGUCAGAUUCAAGUAGGGCUGCAGAGGACCCCCAUGUGAAAGCCCGGGCUUCUCCGUACCCGGGUUCGAGAGUGGAGCGCAGCCCGGUGCCAGAUGAGAAAGUGAGCUGGCAGGUUGAGUGGCCAGAGUACACCCCUGUCCAGUACACUGCCCACUCUGUCAUGGCUGGGCCCAGCUGGGCAGACCCCCCAGUGGGUACAAGCAAUUUCUCUCCGAAAUUCAAUGAAAAGGAUGGGCCUGUCGAGAGAAGAAGUCAGAACGGCUUAUACCAGAUCGAAGACGGUAAACCCAGAAAUCCCGCAGGACGGACAGGAAUGGUCGGUCGCGGGCUACUGGGGCGCUGGGGUCCCAAUCAUGCCGCAGACCCCAUCAUAACCAGGUGGAAGAAGGACAGCAGGGGGAAUGAGACUACUCACCCUGAGUCCGGGAGACGCAUCUUGCAAUUCGUAGCCAUCCAAAGGAAGGACUGUGGGGCCUGGGCAAUUCCGGGGGGCAUGGUGGAUCCUGGAGAGAAGAUUAGUUCCACCUUGAGGAGAGAAUUUGGGGAGGAAGCCCUGAACUCUCUGCAGAAAUCCGGAGCAGAAAAGGAGGAGUUGAAUAAACAACUGCACAAGCUCUUCAGCCAGGAGCACUUCGUAGUCUAUAGAGGCUACGUGGACGAUCCUCGGAACACAGAUAAUGCAUGGAUAGAGACAGAGGCUGUAAACUACCACGACGAAGCGGGGAAAAUCCUGGACCAUCUUCCUCUGCAAGCUGGUGAUGAUGCCCAGAAAGUGAAAUGGGUGGACAUUAAUGAAAAACUUGAACUUUAUGCCAGCCACUUGAAGUUCAUUCAGCUUGUGGCUAAAGGUCGCGGUGCCCACUGGAGUGAGAACUGGGUACACUGA